CCUUCUAUUUCCAUCUACAACUAAUAAAUCAAACAGCUUAGAAAUGUCGAUCCAGCAGGUUUCAGCUUUAACCCAAAAUAAUAAACGUCGCUUUGCAGAUUUUGAUCCCAGCGUUUGGGGUGAUUAUUUCUUGUCCCACAGCUCUACGGAAACGGUGCCGAUAGAUGCAAUGAGGGAACAAGUUGAAGAAUUGAAGGAGGAAGUGAAAGAAUUGCUAUUGGAUUCUCAAAAGCAACCAUUGCAAAAGUUGGAGUUGAUUGAAUCAAUCCAACGUUUGGGAGUAGCCUACCAUUUUGAGAGGGAGAUUGGUGGAAUAUUAGAAAACAUGCACCACAGCUACUCUGAUGGCUUUUUUGAUGGAGAGCAUGGGCAUGAGCAUGAUGACCUUUACGAAGUUGCUCUUUGCUUUCGUUUGCUUAGGCAACAUCGUUAUUAUAUAUCAUGUGGUAUGGUCUCUCUGUAAUUCCUUAUACAUAUCCAUGGAUUAUUAUUAUUAUUAUAUCAUGGGUGAGAAAGAAUAAAAAAAAGAAAAAAGAAAAAGAAAACUCUACUGAAGUGUCAUGCAGAGACUCCUUGGAUGGAUUGAACUUUAUACUUAUUAAUAUCCUGUU